GUUUACCGUCCGCCAUGUUGCUUGCUAUGCUAUGGUUUAUAACCGAAGGCAAUGUGGUCUGAGUGAAGUCUAUUGGUAUCAAAAUAAUGUAACGAAGUGAUCUAAGAUUCGUACAGUAACAUCAUCCAAGACUAAAAAUGUUGAGGGUCUGUGAGAAACUCCGCGUAGUGGACGCCAAGAGUAAGAGAUUCGGACUAGCACGUACGGAGACAGACUACCUCCGUGCCCUGCAGGACGCCAUGUCGAACAUGGACAGGUGUGUGGAAGUGGUGUGCUAAAAGGUCUGGGAGACGUGAAUUUAGAGAAGGGAAGACUCGAGAAGAACCCAGAGAAAUUUGCUAGAGCCAUGGUGUUGUACAGGACUGCACAGCUCCGGUGUGAGGACGUAGAUGUUGGAGAAAGUCUUAAAUAUCGUUACCACUAUGCCGAGAAACUAAGGUUAGGGAAGCAAGCAAAUUUUUUGACUAGCCACUAGCCACGAACUAACAAGAGGAAAACGUCUUCGCCGGCUGAAGUAGUAGAUAAAUUCCUACAACUAGACCGACAAAUGGCUGUUAGGGACAGCACAUACUCUUUAGCUCUGCUGAUUGAAUAUACCAGGAUAGUGGUAGAAGGGAUCGUAAACGGUGACAAUGUGUUAGAGAUAGAGGCGAUCAAGAGUCUCGGCGACGUGUACCUGAAAAGAGGAACAGAAACUAGAGACACGACAUGUUUGACCAAGGCCACGGCUCUGUACAACACUGCACUGUCGCGGAGUGAGGGAGUACAGGGCAGAGUGACUCUCAUUCACCGCCUACUGUACACGGCAAGAAUCAGACAGAAGAAAACGACAGGAAAGAAAAUUCCAAAGUGCAGAGUACAACAACAACAACAAAGUCCCAUGCGCCUGUCACGGGACCCUACGGUGACGUCACACUCCUCUGACGUCAGAGAGGUCAAGGGUCAUCAGUCUAUGUCUUACGAGGAGCACCUCACUACAGGAGACCACGCAGUGACUGAUGAGAAGCUAGACGUGGCAGAACAGAACUUUGCAUCUGUCCUGAAACUGAUUCAUAGUCCGAGCAAACCCGAUCAAGUUAAGGAGGCUGAAUGCCUUUGCAGGCUGGGUGAUGUUUACGUCCAGCGAGGCCAAAGAACAAAAGAAGGUAGGAAAUUCACACAGGCAGCAGCUCUGUACAACGCAGCCAUAGCAAGAACAGACGGGGAAAGACACAGCCUGACCAAAAGACUUCAGCAGGUAGAGCAAUCCUUUCUCAAUAACACAGCAAAGGUGGAAAUAAAACAUGUUCCUUGUGAUACGACAGUAUGUCAUAAGAAGCGAUUACAAGAGAUGCGUAAGCGCGCUAAGUCACAACUACAAGUCAUUGAUCAGCAACACAAUCCGUACCAAUACGACGAGGAUGACCCGGUCAUGAUAACAGUCGAGGCUGAGAGAGCUGAAGCAGUCAAGGCUCUAUUCAAGAACAUUGCUAAAGACAGACAGAGCUUUAUCCAUGACCUUGUUGAAGAAUGUAUUGCCACUCUUGGCCCUCCUCCAUGUAAGUACGCUUUUAUAGGGUUAGGCUCACAGGCAACAGAACUGGUCACACCCUACUCUGACCUGGAGUUCGCCAUUCUGAUUGAGGAAGGAAAGGACAAUGACAACACACGGCGGUACUUCCUCAAUCUUACACACUACCUAAACCUGAAAGUCAUCAACCUCGGAGAGACGAUUCUUCCAGCCAUGGCCAUCCCGUCACUCAACGAUUUUCUAUCUGAAGAUCAAACUGGGAACUGGUUCUUUGACUCUGUCACGCCGCGUGGGUUUGCCUUCGACGGCUCCAUGCCAUGGGCUAGUAAGACCCCCUUUGGAAGAGACAAGACUACAAUGAAAGAAUCCGUAAGCCUUAUUCAAACCCCAGUAGAAAUGGCAAAGUUUCAGCGGCUAGAUGUUUCCCUGAGAGAAGGUUAUCACCUGUCAGACAUCCUCAGGCGGGUUGUUUUCUUGACAGGAGAAGAGGCCCUCGUGACGACAUACAUGGCAAAAGUAAACGUCAUCAUCAGAGGUGAUCUGCGUGUGGAAUUCCAGUCCCGUUGGUCUGCUUUCCAAAUCGUCUGGGAUAACAGCGAGCAGUUUAUGUCUCUAGAAUCUACAGGGCAACUGCUAAAUGUCAAGAAAGACAUCUAUCGUUUUCCCGGCAUUGCCAUCGAAAUACUUGCUCUUUGGGGUCAGAUCACCCUUGCCAGUGCGUGGGAUAUCAUAGAUAGGUUAAAGAAAACCGAAAAGAUCCAUGAAGAGAAUGCAACUCACUUGAUGGUUCUGACCAGUAUCUCAGCUGAGCUUCGGUUGAGAACAUACCUGCACAACGGAGGACAACAAGACAGUAUGUCCCCUCUAACCCAGAUGAAAUACCAUGUACAGUCACAGGAGAUAUCUGACGUUACCCUGACUUCAGUGUUCCACAUUCCGGACAUCCAAGUCCUUUUCAGAUACUACUGCAGGGCUAUCCCCUUGAAGAAGAGUAUUCCAUUCGGCUUGCAGGUACAAACAAAACAACGUGUAUUGAACACGACAAUCUUCGAUAUCUCCCAUGAAUGCAGAGGUCGAAUACCAACAAACCUAUUACUGUAUAGUAAAGCCAAACACCAUUGGGAAGCAGCACUGAUAGAGGCCGGUAACGACAAGAUCAAACGUGCUGAAAUACAGAAGGAAUUGGGACGCCUUUCGUUCCUCCAUGGUGCAGAUAUCACCGCAGGAAUUAGUCAUAAUGAAGAGACACUUAGGUUAAACAGAAGUAUCUACGGAGACCACGCGGUACAUCCAGACAUUGCCGCGUCACUAAACAACGUGGGGUUAUCGUGGAGUGAACUAGGUGAUCACAAGAAAGCAAUCAGCUACCUCGAACAAUCACUGACGAUGAAGAAAACUAUGUACGGAGAGAACACAGCACAUCCGGACAUCGCCGCGUCACUAAACAACCUGGGUAAUUAUUGGGGUGCUUUAGGCGAUCACAAGAAAGCAAUCAUCUACUAUGAGCAGGCGCUAUCGAUGAGCAAAACGGUCUAUGGAGAGAAUACAGCACAUCCGGAAAUCGCAAAGUUACUUAAUAACCUUGGAACAUUUACGAGUGAUCACAAGAAAGCAAUCAGCUACCACGAGCAGGCACUUUCGAUGAGGAAAACUCUCUAUGGAGAAAACACAGCACAUCCAGACAUUGCCCUGUACGUUAAACCACCUAGGACAGUCAUGGAGUGA